GUGGGCACCCUCACCGGAAAGACCUUUACCAUCCCUGUCAUCUCCACAGACACCAUCGGCGAGGUCAAGUGCCGUAUUUACGAAGAGGAGGGGAUUCCGGUUGGUGCCCAGGUACUUGUUUGGAAGGAGAAGGAGCUGUCCGACGACAACGCCAUGGUGUGCGAUUAUGGCCUCUGCUCGGGGGCGACCCUGCAACUGACAUUGCAAAUGUCUGGAGGU